AUGACAUCUACUUUAUCAGAUAACUACCACACCAGUAUAUCAUCUACAGUCACCGUAAGGCAAACUGAGUUUACUACAAAAUUUUUAAAUUUACCUACUUUUUCAUCAACCUCCAAGGCGUCAUCAAAUACAACUAUAGGGAUAUCAGUUGGUGUCCCAGUUGGUAUAUUCGUCUUUUCACUACUUGUUUGUUUAUUCUACGUGUACAUAAAAAGGGAAAGACUACAUGGUUCUAAUAAAACUGUUUCCCCUCAAUAUAGAGAUGAUUCUUCAACAGGGUCACCUAAUUUUUUAUCUAUGUGUUUUGGCGCAGAAAGGAACAAUCAAUCUGGACUAAAUCAAAAUUCAUUUCGUGAGAAGCCUUGGCUGUUUGAAAACAAUAAUUUCUCAUCGAAGAUACAUUAUGAUAUUCCUGGUGUGUACCAUAAUGGUAGCGAUAUAGUACCCCAUGUACUAACACCUGCCAAGGCGAGCACAGUUAGCGACAGAUAUAAACGCCAAAAAAAGAAAUAUAUUAUUCCAUUUAAUAAGAUAGAAAAUCCAAUAAUACUCAAUUCUACAAAACCACAAAUAUUGGAGGUAAAUGAUGGAACUAAACAACCUCGAGCAUCGGUUAGUAACCAUUGGAAAUAUAAGUCGCCUUUAUCAAAAUGGUUUUUAAACUCCUCAAGUGAUUUGAUGAAUGAGGGCCAUACGCCUAAUGCCAGAGUGAAACGGCUGCAUAUACUUUCAAGAGUGGAUAAAGGUUAUGCGGAUGAUGUAGCGGAAACUAAUAUUGACGAGAAAUCUCCUAUGCUACAGGUACAAGAUCAAACAUAUAAAAAAUUGGUUGGAUCUGAGUCUAUUGAUAUAUCUCCAGAGAGCGAUAUAUCAUUGACUGAACAUCAUCGAGCAUCGGUUAUAUAUGAUGAAAUGAAAAAUCCACCAACAACAUCAACAGCUGCUGUUGUUGAAAAUAUGGCAUUAUAUUCCACAUCGACCGUAGACUUAAACGGGAGAAAGAAACGAAGAGAUAGUCGUUUUAAACAAUGUGGUAAUGACACAGUAAUGGAUUUGGUUUCUAAUAAUGAGGAGCCAAUGCAGGAGGAAACUUUUGAAUUAAAAUCACAGAUAUUAACUGGUGGGAUAUGCAUUGUUUCUAAGAAUUAUUCCCCACGGCUCACAGAUGAAAUUCAAAUAAACAAAGAUGAAUAUGUUAGAAUCCUUGCAACACAUACAGACACAUGGUGUCUUGUUGAAAAAUGUCAAAGAGAUGGUACAAGUGUGCCAGGAGACAAAUUGUUAAUGAAUAAUGAUAUAACGAACCUGCAUUAUUUGAACAAAAAUAGAGGAAUUGUUCCAGGCGAUUGUUUAAAGCCAAUAUAG